GUACAGCUCCGAUGCUAUCGGUUUGUAUGGCUUACUGUUAAGUCUAUGCACUUUAUAUACGGUUUACGUUAUUAUAAUAGUAUUGAUUCAGUGAAGGACAAGGAGGUCGACUCUAUUGACAAUCCCCACCACUAUACCACAUAUACAACUGACCGCCUAAUCAGUGAAUUACAGCGAAACUAUGGCUCACUUUAAUUACUUACCGAAAGAAGUUGAGGACGAACUCAGAGCUAAUGCCAACGCCAUCGUCGCCCCCGGGAAGGGAAUAUUAGCGGCCGAUGAGAGCACCGGAACAAUGGGUAAACGGUUGCAAUCGAUCGGUGUUACCGACAAUAACGAGGACUUACGCCGACAGUACAGACAACUGUUGUUUUCGGUGGACCCGGAGGCCAACCAAUACAUAAGUGGAGUCAUCCUCUUUCACGAAACCCUUUACCAAAAGGACGAUUCGGGCACUCCUUUCGUGGAGAUCCUGAAGAAGCGAGGAAUCAUUCCGGGCAUUAAAGUGGACACAGGAGUGGUGCCACUCCUGGGCACCAAUGAUGAGUGCACUACACAGGGAUUGGAUGACCUCCAGAAGCGGUGCGAACAGUACUAUAAGGACGGCUGCCGUUUCGCCAAAUGGAGGUGUGUUCUGAAGAUCAAAGACCACGAGCCCUCACCCCUCGCUAUCCUCGAAAAUGCUAAUGUGUUGGCCCGCUAUGCGUCCACUUGUCAACAGGCUCUGAGCGAUCACAACGUGUUUUUGGAGGGAACUCUACUCAAGCCAAAUAUGGUGACCGCUGGUCAGUCUUGUGCUAAGAAGUAUAGCCCUCAAGACGUCGCUAGAGCUACGGUCACCGCUUUGCAGCGCACAGUACCCGCCGCUGUUCCUGGCAUUGUCUUCCUCUCUGGCGGCCAAUCGGAAGAAGAGGCUUCGGUUAACUUGAAUGCAAUUAAUCAAUUCGCGGGCAAAAAGCCGUGGGCUCUCACCUUCAGUUACGGUCGUGCCCUUCAAGCGAGUGCUAUCAAGGCCUGGGGCGCCAAAGUGGAGAACAUUAAGGCCGGACAGGACGAGCUCCUCAAGAGAGCCAAAGCGAAUGCAUUGGCAUCGAAAGCCCAGUACGUGAGCGGAUCCAUAUCCAGUGUGUCCGCUAAGGCGUCCAAUUUUGCAGCACAACAUAAAUACUAGAUAUUAGUUGCACUCGUAUCUAAUUAUAGGCUAACAGCGAGGCAUCUCUGGGCAAAUACGGUGGUGGUCUGGCGGGUGCGGCUGCCGGUCAGGAUCUGUUCGUCAAAAAUCACGCCUAUUAGACAUGUUAUACCUAUUAGUCCAUUAGAUACGAGUCUCUCUUUAUCUCUAUUUUAAACAAUUUAGGUUUUACUCUAAUCUCAAAUAUAUAUCAAAAUGACUGAUUAAUGCAUUUAUUUUUUUGAAAUGAUGGUGCAUUUUAUUAAUGAAUAGAAAUACAUUAUUCUUUAUUUACUAUUAAUAUAUUGAAUAUUAUAAAUGUUAAAUGAAUUUCUGCAAUAAAUUGCAAUAUUUUAAUCAAAUAUCAGUAUACUGUUAACAAGUAUUUCAUAAAUUCUUUAACCAACAAAAGUGGGCAACAAGUUAUGAAUUUAUUUUGACAACUUUAUGAAUUUUAUGAAUUACAUAACUGUCCACAUGCAUGUAUUCAAAUCAACAGCACAUACUAUUAACAACGAAUAUCACACAAUCAAUACAUGUCUUACAUACUGUAAUUGGCUGUGAUUUAAAUACAUUAUCUGAAUUAAUGUUACCAGUAUAGCCUAAACUUCAUUUUAUUUGUUAACAUUUGUGGGAUUUUGUCCAAAAUAUGACAAUUUGUUCAACAGAUAUGAAUAUCAUAUUAAAAUAAACAUUUAAAUUAAUUGU